GCCUCAUCCAGCCGCACAUCGCAGAUUCUUCUCCUGCAGCGCCGUCCAGCCUGCUCGCCCCCAUCAUCAGCGGCGCUAUUCGGCCUUGCGGCUCUUCUUCCAGUUACCUGUAGCACCGGGCACAUUCGACAGCUCACCGCUAGCUCCGUCGUCAGCAUGGCCCUCAUCACAGACCCCGAUUAUAUCAUAUACUCGAUGCGCAUCUCACUGCUGCUGGAAAAUGAUCCCAUCUCGGCUCGCAUCGUCAAUACCACAGCUACAACAAACCCCUAUGUGCUUGCUGAAUUCCCCGAGGCUUCGUCCGACGAGUUUCUCGAGCCGAUCGAUCGACGUAGACUCAGCGUCAACGAACGCAAGGUCAUUGCCAAGAGCAUCGGAAAGUUCACCCAGGACCCGCUCGACUUUGCUCUGGACCCGUCCGACGUCGAAAAGGCACGCAGAGCGGAGCUCGAGAAGCGCAUGCAGCAGCAGCGCGAGCUCCAGAGCCAUCAGCGGAUCCUGCAGGAGCAGCGAUACCAACUCUAUCUGAGCGAAAAGGAAAAGCGAGAUACGGAGCAGGACAAGCUGCGCGAGCAGCAACACUGGAGCCCCUUCCACGAAGACAGCAGCGACGAUGGCGACGACGACGACGAAGCCAGGCAGGAGGAUCGGGCCCAGGACGACGUCAAGAACAAAAUCAUCGGUCGGAUAUCGGUGACCCAGCCCAAGCCGGUGUCGAAGCCCACAGGCGAGGGCGACUUGGAGCCGGUUGCUGGCUCAGACCAGCCGCUCAAGUCUCGCAAAACCAUCCGCCCAAACUACUUCCGAGUGCCCUCUGCACAGCCGUCGACACCAGGCGAGUCUGCCGGCUCUAGUCCGCGGCAACUUGGAAACGCUCAGAACAUUGCGAGCAUCACAAACACUCAGGCACCGUCAAGGGCUCCGGAGCACGGAGUACGGUCGGAGCACCCUGAUAGCCAGGCGCCCGAGGAGGCCCAGAGCCUCGUCCCCGAUGCUCCAGCAUCUGCGCUGCCCUCCGAGGCUCUCGAGUCAAACGCUGCAAAGGCGAAUGUUGCUCACGACAGCGACUCUGACGAUGACGAAGGCGAGCGUCGCGAUAUUGAGGAGGAAGUGGAGGCCAUUCGGAGCUUCAAUGUCCACAAGGGCCCGACUGAAACCCAGGGGUCGAGUGAGAGGGCUCGCCAACCUGCAGAGCCUCCGCGGGUCUCCGUGGCAAAGAAACCAGUGUCGUCUGGCCAGGACGCUUCCAAGGCAACCGAAAGCACUGCUGCCGUGGCCAAGGAGUUCUCACCAAGCGCCUUCCGGAAGAUGCCGCUACAGCCCGCGUACACAGCAAAGCCCACUGCUCACAAGACAAUAUCGCAGCUGAGUGCGCUGCUCAGCUUUAAUGCCGACUCGGACAAUCCUUUCAGCGAGUUCUAUGGACUGCGCGCCAAUGGCGAAAGGAACUCGCUCAAACUCGAGAUCCUAAUCCCAUCCAGCCCCUUGCACUCGCUGCCUGAUGAGGUGCUGAUUCAGAUCAAGCCUGACUCUACUACCGAGCAAGCUCUGGGAUACACGCUCUAUGUCCUCCACGAGGAGCACAGCGAUCAGUUCGAAAACUACGGGCUCGACAGCAUUGUCGCGUGGUAUCUCCGGAUCGAUGACGACUUUCCAGUGGCUCUUGAUCUGACCCGCAAGAUUGCCUCCUUUGGGUCGAUGCAGUUUGAGCUGUGCGUCUCAGACAAGCGGCCUGCACCCAAAAAGCAGGAAGUCGCAACAACGGGAACAACGACCGCGCCCUCGACCAAGAAGACGUUCCUCAAAGUCAACCUGUACUCCACGCUGACCGUCAAGCAGACAACGACGAUCCCUUUCGCAUCCAACAUGCUCAUCAAGGAUGUGUUCGACUACAUUUGCCGCAAAUGGAAGUACGACCCCAAGGAGUAUGUACUGAAGCUGGUCGACAACAAAACGCUGCUGCCGAUGGAUAUUACCCUCGAGGAGGCGCAAAUUACCGAGUUUGGUGUCCACAAGCGUUACGGAGGAGCCGGCGAUAUCUUUGGCGCCUCCCAAGAACAGGCUAACGACGCCGACACCGUCGACGCUUUCGACUUGCGCGGCGACGAGUUUAAGCGAUAUUCGGUCUACUACAAAAACUUUGUCGGGGCGCGCUACGAGCGAGACUUUACUAUCGAUGGCGACCAUAUUUAUAUCCUAUCGGCGGAGAACCGGAGCAUUCUCAACCGAACAAAGACGAUCGACUCCGAUGGUCGCAUAUGGUUCCGUGGCAUCCUGCUUCAGCUCUCCUACUCGGUUGCCGACGUAAUCUCGUGCAAACAAGUCUCGGUCAACAGCCCUGUGUUCAAAUUUGUGGCAAGCCGAGGUCCCAGCGGCGAUCCAAAGGGCCAUGAGUUCGAGGCCAUGUCGCCGAAGGAAGCUCAUGACAUAUGUGAGAGAAUCACGCUUCUCAAGAACCGCAAGUGAUGCCCGCUUCACCCUACCUCGCCCAAAUCGUUCUCCGGCAGCCGAUCGUUGGUGUUUUCCGACUGCCCUGGCCGCCCUUGCGUCGUGGCAAGGCAGGCUUUGGUCGCUGUCUUCCGUGAGCGGCAGAGCAUCUGUCUGUUCACAGAGCUGUAUCAAAUGCAAUACAAAAUCUCUCGCUUACAACCA